UACUCUUUAAAUAAGAGGUAACCGGCGUACACAUAAGUUUUACCAACAGAAAAUAUUUGAUUAUUUCGAAUUAAGGAUGCAAAGAAAGCAGUAUAUAAGAAGAAUUCUUAAUGUGAUUGGUCAAAUGCGUCAAUAUUCAACCCAUGACAAUCCAUUGGGUAUUCCAGGACAAAAUUUAAAAGAUCACCAGAAGAAUUUGAUGUCAAGAGGGUUACCAAAGAAAGCCCCAAUAGCUGGAGUAAAGAAUGUUAUUGUAAUAGCCUCAGGCAAAGGCGGUGUCGGUAAAUCUACAACAUCAGUGAACCUAGCUCUUGCAAUGGCUGCAAAUGAACCAGAUAAACGUAUUGGUUUACUAGACGCUGAUGUGUAUGGACCUUCUAUACCCACCAUGAUGAAUCUCCAGGGAGAACCUCAUCUCAAUGAUAAAAACCAGAUGAUUCCUUUGAUAAAUCUUGGAAUAAAAUGCAUGUCAAUGGGAUUCCUGGUGGAUGAAAAGUCGCCUAUAGUUUGGCGUGGUCCUAUGGUAAUGUCCGCUGUACAGAGAUUACUGAGGCAAGUAGAUUGGAGCCCACUUGACUAUCUGCUUGUUGAUAUGCCACCAGGAACUGGAGACACACAGUUAUCAAUGUCACAGAAUAUACCAAUUGAUGGUGCUGUGAUAGUGUCAACUCCACAAGAUAUUGCUCUGCUGGAUGCUCGAAGAGGAGCAGAAAUGUUCCGCAAAGUUGAUGUUCCAGUCCUUGGUAUGGUGCAGAACAUGAGUGUAUAUGUGUGUCCAAAGUGUGGUCAUGUUGAGCAUGUGUUUGGGGAAGAUGGAGCACACAAGGUGGCUGCAGAGAUGGAGAUAGAUUUACUUGGUGACGUUCCACUGAACAGACGGAUCCGAGAAACAAGUGACACUGGUCAGCCUAUUGUGAUAUCUGAGCCAGACAGUCCACAGGCGGAGGUGUAUAGAUCAAUAGCCUGGAAAAUAGUUGACAAAUUAACAAAAUUGGACAAAACGUGAAAUGUAUGAUGUAUCUUAGUAUCUACACAGUAAUGUAUUAUGAAAUAAAUGUUUUUUAAGUUUUAAAAAAA